CCCGGAAGCCAGCCAUAGAGUUUACUGGCCAGAGCGACUCCGCUGGGAGGUGGCAGGAAAGGCUCGGAACAGCUGCCGGAGGUGACGGAGCGGCGGCCCCGCCCGGUGUGCUGGAAGACGAAGCUUCCAGGUAGCGGCCCGCAGAGUCUGACCCAGGCUCCAGAUAUCCUGAGCCCAGGUCCCCCCAGCUCAGUGCAGCCAUGAGUGCCGAGGUGAAGGUGACAGGGCAGAACCAGGAGCAAUUUCUGCUCCUGGCCAAGUCGGCCAAGGGGGCAGCGCUGGCCACACUCAUCCACCAGGUGCUGGAGGCUCCUGGUGUCUACGUGUUUGGGGAACUGCUGGAUAUGCCUAAUGUUAGAGAGCUGGCUGAGAGUGACUUCGCUUCCACAUUCCGGCUGCUCACAGUGUUUGCUUACGGGACAUAUGCUGAUUACUUAGCUGAAGCCCGGAAUCUUCCCCCACUCACAGAGGCUCAGAAGAAUAAACUUCGACACCUAUCAGUUGUCACCCUGGCUGCCAAAGUCAAGUGUAUCCCAUAUGCGGUGUUGCUGGAGGCCCUCGCCCUGCGUAACGUGCGGCAGCUGGAAGACCUUGUCAUCGAGGCGGUGUACGCUGACGUGCUCCGCGGCUCCCUGGACCAGCGCAAUCAGCGGCUGGAGGUGGACUACAGCAUUGGGCGGGACAUCCAGCGCCAGGACCUCAGUGCCAUUGCUCGAACCCUGCAGGAGUGGUGUGUGGGCUGUGAGGUGGUGCUGUCAGGCAUUGAGGAGCAGGUGAGCCGCGCCAACCAGCACAAGGAGCAGCAACUAGGCCUGAAGCAGCAGAUCGAGAGCGAGGUCGCCAACCUUAAGAAAACCAUUAAAGUCACCACAGCCGCCGCCGCCGCAGCAACGUCUCAGGACCCUGAGCAGCACCUGACUGAGCUGAGGGAACCCGCCCCCGGCACCAGCCAGCGCCAGCCCAGCAAGAAAGCCUCGAAGGGCAAGGGGAAGAAGGCUCAUUGACCAUCCACUCUGAAGCAAAGUGCUGGAAAAAGAAGAGAACCAGAUACUAGGUGCUGAGUCCCGGCCUGGGAGCCAGGAGACCUAGAUCUUGAGUCGUGGGAUGUUGGACAAAUUGCUCAGUAUCCCAGCACUCGUUCAGAAGCAGCGGAUACUUCCUGAGUGCCAACAUGUGCAAAGCGCCGGACAUGCAGAAUGACUGUCACUGGCCCUGCUCUCAAGGAGCUGGGCUGCAGCCUGUCGCCUGCCUUCUUACAGAAUUAUAAGGGGGAAGAGUUGAUAAUAACCUUCAGUUCUCUCAUCAGAACCACCUAGAACUCUGAGAUCUGCAGUAAGCAGCAGCAGGCUCCUGUCCACUGUCCAAGGCAGAGCUUCCCGCGCUGGGUGGAUGGGUCUCCUUGGUCUAGUGCACUGCUGUGCACGCUUUAGAAUUGGGAAGCUCUAGUGUAAAGGACAGUUGACGCCCCCCCCAACUUGCAUGGGAAGCGGUUGCCUCCUGAGGGUCCCAGUGUUGACUGAGCUGCUUUCCAGAGAUUGUUUUUCUCUAGGUGGAGAUUUAGCACAGACCACUCUUUACAGGGGCUAAAGGUCUCAGUCACAGAACCAGAAAGUGGGGUGGAAUCCUGAGGUUUUGAUUAAAAGUGGGCUGGGCGAGCCUCUUGUUUUGAGGGGGCGGUGGAGGCUUUCUGGGGCCCUACUUCAGGAGUUGACACCUCUGGCUUCUUGGUUUAGCUUUGCCCUUGACGAGCUUGUUGAGCCUGUUUUAUCUUGGUUCUCAGUCUCUACCUCUGCAGUAAACCCCUUCUUCCUCCCACACCCUCCAAUGUGGAGAAGUUGCUAAUUCCUGGCACUUUGAACCUGUCCCCCCUCCCUCUGCCCCUGCCCUAACUUUUCACUUGAACUUAGUAGUAUCCUGUUUGCUUGUAAGCGAGUUCCAGCUAACGGCUCCAUAACCUCUCUGAGCUCUCUAGCUCCGGCCUUCAGUGGAUGGCUCCAGAGUCUAACUGUGGGCUGAGCUAGGACUGUCUGGCUUAACGCCCAGAGAGGGAGGGAGACCAUACACAUGUCCCUGAGGACACACAAAUUCGAUUUGUCUUUGAUUUAGAAAGACGGGGUUCUUGGCUACCAAGGCAUGAAGAAGGGGGAGCAGGUGAUUCGGGGGCUCAGUUUUUGACCACGAAACUUCGUUCAGGAUUUAGGGAUUCCAUGUAUAACCAAGCUCAGGGCAGCAGAAUAUUUCUGACCGAGAAUCUGGAGCACUCUCACACGCUGAUCCCUGAUGUACACCAGUCUUAUGUGGUCUUAGGGCUGGACCACUACGGUAAGAGGAGGAGGAAGAGGACUUGCCUUCGUGAGAAUUCAGCGCUCAUGCCCAACCAGGGACACUUAAAAAACUAAGCCAAAGUGUCUGCAACUAAAAACAGCGACUGGACUGGCAUACAUGUUUAUGCACAGGAAGAGCAAAGACAAGUGUCUGCGGUCAGUAUUCAUGAAAUCCUGUUGAAGAGAGAUCGGCAAUUCUCUGUUCAGAUGUGUUUUCCAACGUGGAUGGAUAGACGGGAGCUUUGGGCAGUUAGUGUAUGAGUUAUCUAAUAUGGUGUAACAAAAUUACCCUGAAAUUUAGUGGCUUAAAAACACACAUUUAUUAUCUCAGUUUCUGUGGUUCAGGAAUGUGGGCACACUUUUUUGCCUCAGGUCUCUCACAAGGCGGCAAAGUGUUAGCUGGAACCGUGUUAUCUCAAGGUUCCAAUGGGAAGGACCUCCUUCCAACCACACUCAGUGUAUCAGUGGGGUUCACUACCUCAGAGGUGGCUGGACUGAGGACCUCAUUUCUGGGCUGGCUGUUGGUCAGAGGCAGCCCAGGUAGCCCCCUCCAUCAGAGCAAGAGCCAGAGACACCACAUCAGGAAAGCAGAAAUCAGUCUUGUAACCUAAUCACAGAAGAGGUAUCCCAUCACGCUUACUAGUCACCAGCUCCAGCUUAGUGACCGUCAGAAGGCAGGGAUCAUUGGAAGCCAUAUUGGAAGUUUCCUACCACAGGCAGUAUUUCUGUGGGCCACCAGCUUCAGGAACAUCAGGGGAGCUUUUGAAAAUGCAUAUUCCUGGACCCCAGUUCCUACUGAAUUAGAAUCUCCAGGAUGUGGACUAGAAAUAUGCCUUCACUGUCCUCAUUGACUCAGCUCUGAGCUGAGAAGUCCCAUUUAUAUAAGCAGACUUGCCCAGAUUAGUGCCAACUUGGAUCAGCUGAAAAGGCUUCUACUGCAGGGCCUUGGAGGACGGGUACAGAGGCCCAGGGUCACCAUCUGGAAGAGAAGGAUGUGCAAAGGUGAAGCUUUGAGUACAGGACAAGAGAGGGCUGUCUCAUCCUUUGAGGUUCUUAAGUAUAUGGUUAAGUAAUUAAAAGUGUGAUAAGUGCUAAGAAGUAUAGGGUGACAUGAAGCAUUUAACAUAGGGAUCUCCAUCUUACCUGCGGUCAGGAAAGCCUUCUUCAAGGAUGUGACCUUUCAACUGAAACUAGGAGCCCAGGUGGCAGUUAACCUGACAAAGGGAGGGAGGAUGAGCAUUUUGGGUGGGAAGAAGAGUGUAAUGAACACCUGGUGGCAGAAAGGUUUCAUCCUGUGACCUACUGCCUCUCCCCUAAGAAGCAUUCAUAAUUUGGGGAAUGAGGCAGGGAAUAUGAUUCUAUGCUUAAGUGUUCAUUUGUCUAUUCAAUGAAUUGGUAAAUACAUCUUGAUUGAAAAAUCUGAAAUAAUAUAACCAUAAUGUGUAUGUUAUACCUCUUGGCAUUGGAGUUUUGCAUGAUUUUUGUCUUUUUGACUAUCUUGUUGUCCAAUCUUUUUAUGAUAGUUUAAGACUAAUAUUAAGUGCUUACUAUAGUCAAGCAUUAUUUUAAGUGCUUUACAUACAUAAACUCGUUUAAUCCACACGACAAACUUUUGCGUUUGAUACCACUAUUAUCCUCCUCUAAAGAUGACAGAAGAGGUUCAGAGAGGUUAUGUAACUUGUUCAGGACCACACAGAUUAUAAGUGAAGUAGGUGCACCCCAGCCCCCGUCACUCCACAGUGUUCCUGGACAGAAUGCAUGCGGUGACUAUCUGAGAUCUCAGAGAAGUCAAUGGUAGCAGGGAGAAAGAAACCAGAAUUUGAAGUUCCACAAAGCCAGUGGUGAGUUUGCCAUCCGUCCCCCUCCAUUAUUGUCCAGAAUGGACUCAAAGGGGACCCCAAACCCGGAAGCAUACAUCAGGUGUGAAAGAGCUCCUCUUGGAGCCGUCUGUUGUUGGUCUGAGGACCCGGAAAGGGACUCCUAAGGGUCAGAGAAUAGGGGACUCUCCUAUUGUUUUUCUUUUUUCCUCCUCUUCCACCUCUAGCCCCAGGCAGUAGCAUGGUCGUGUAGCUACAGCAGUAUGACGAGAGCAACAGUGGCUGGCCGGGCACUGAAAACCGAGGGAGAAUUCCUCUACCACGGGAGCUGGGGCCUCAGAAGUAUGAGGCAAGGGGCACCUGGGUGGCUCAGUUGUUAAGCGUCUGCCUUUGGCUCAGGGCAAACCCCGCACUGGGCUCCCUGCUCCGCUGAGAGCCUGCUUCUUCCUCUCCCCCUCCCCCUGCUUGUGUUC